AAAUAUUGACCUUGAUGAUAAAAUUAAAGUGACAAGUCUAUGCUGGGUUUUUCUGCUGCGUGUUUAAACACAUUUAUUCCAACAAUGGGUCGAAAAUAUCCAUAUGAAACACCCCGCAGUGCUAUGCGUGGCCAACACGAUGGAUCCAGUGUUUUAGUGCAGCGUACUCACAAGUCGGUUUCCUUGGAAAGCAGUACAGAAUGGUUCAGAAAAGAAAUCAGAUAUCAAAUGGAGCGAGGUGGUUUGUUUGAAGACCCAUUUAUGCCCGCUGAUGAUUCAAGUAUCAAAUCGGAUUCUGGAUCUGGUGGACAAAGAUUCAGAUGGCUUAGGCCUCCUGAACUCACACGACAACCUCUUUUUAUUGCUGAUGGAGUCAGUCGAUUUGACAUCAAACAAGGUGAACUUGGUAACUGCUGGGUAAUUGCCGCUUUAGCCUCACUAUCGAUGUAUCCAGAAUUAUUUAAUCAAGUUGUACCAUCUGAUCAAACAUUCAACAAAUCUUCAUCAAAAUACCCAUAUGUUGGGAUGUUUUGGUUUCGAUUUUGGCAAUUCGGUGAUUGGUUUGAUGUUGUUGUUGAUGAUCGCCUGCCUACACGUAAUGGGCAUUUGGUAUUUAUGCAUUCUGCUGAUCCCAAUGAAUUUUGGUCAGCUUUAUUGGAGAAAGCCUAUGCUAAGCUUGUGUUCUCUUAUGACGCACUUCGUGGUGGGUGUACAGCAGAAGCAAUGGAGGAUUUUACUGGCGGCUUGACUGAACUUGUUGAUUUAGGAGCAAAAGCACCUGAUAAACUGUUUGGUAUUAUGGAACAUGCACUUGCCCGAGCAUCUCUUAUGGCGUGUAGUAUUGAUGCCGAUCCACAUGAGGUUGAAGCUAAUGGUCCAUUAGGCCUGAUUCUUGGUCAUGCAUACUCUGUAACGGAUAUACGACAGGUGAACACAAGCAGUGGAUUUCAAAGUGUUCACUUAGUUCGUUUGCGUAAUCCAUGGGGAAAUGAUCGUGAGUGGUCUGGUCCGUGGAGUGAUCAGUCCAGAGAAUGGAGAAGUAUUCCAUCCGAUGAAAGGAAACGAAUCGGUCUCACUUUUGACCAAGAUGGAGAAUUCUGGAUGUCGUUCAGUGAUUUUGUACACUACUUCUCUCGUCUUGAAUUGUGUCAUCUGGGCCCAGAAGCAAUGUCGUUCAAUCCUCGCAGUUCCUGUCGUCGUGCAGGUACACACCGUUGGGAAAUGACACGUGAAGAAGGUGAAUGGUUGCGUAAUUCUACUGCUGGAGGGUGUUCGAAUUUUCCUAAUACGUUCUAUAUGAAUCCACAAUUUCAUGUUGAAGUUAGGAAUCCAGAUGAAGCAGAUAACGACGGUUGCGGUACGCUGGUGAUUGGUUUGAUGCAAAAAGGAUUACGAGAGAAGCAUAUUGAACCUCAUGUUAUCGGUUACUCUGUUUAUCGGAUGUCACCAGCAACCUCGAAUAAUCAAUUGCUGGAUAGACGAUUUUUCAUGAUGAAUUCAUCAGUGGCUCGGUCACCUAUAUUUAUUAAUAUGCGAGAGGUUUGUGGUAGACAUAAAUUGAAACCUGGUCAUUACGUUGUUCUGCCUUGUACAUUCAAUCCCAAUGAAGAAGCGAAAUUCAUGCUGCGUAUAUUCUCUGAGCGUGCUUGUGAUUCAAACGAAUUGGAUGACGUCACACAAAUUACUGCUGAUUCAGGUCAUCCGACUCAACCACUCAGAACAGCUGAUGAAAAUUUGAUAGCGAAAUUGGAAGUUGUCUUUAAUAGAAUUGCUGGUGCAAGUGGAGCAAUCACAUAUACCCAAUUACAAGAUAUAUUGAAUGAAGCAUUUACAAAAGACUUCCCAUUUGAAGGAUUCAGUAGAGAAACCGCCAGAAGUAUGAUGGCCUUAAUGGAUGUUGAUUUAAGCGGUGGUCUCGGUUUUUCCGAAUUUAAAAAACUGUGGAUGGAGUUACGUAUUUGGAAGACCAUAUUUAAAAAAUUCGAUGAAGGGCAUACUGGUAGUCUAGAGGCAUUUGAACUAAGAAAUGUAAUGCGAACAAUCGGCUUUCAUGUCAGUAACUUAAUUUACAAAGCGAUUGCAUGUCGAUAUGCUAAUGAAAAAGGUCAAGUAUCAUUUGAUGACUAUAUUUUACUGUUGGUUCGACUGUCAACUGUUUUUGAAACAUUCAAAGCACAAGAACGCACUAAAGAUGGGCGAGCUGUUUUCGGGGCUGAAGAUGUAAGUUUAAACCAAAGUGUUUAAAUUCUUCAGUAGAUUUCCAUAAUGCACUGGUAGCAACGCAUUAGACUGACUAACUUAUAUCUAAGCUCUUUUAGUCGUAAAGUAGAGGUGACAACAUACAACCAGUAUCUUGUAAUUUUUUUCAACUGCAGCCUACACAGUUUAGAAUUUCUUGAUAUUGAGUUCUACUAUCUAGAGUAGACUCUAAAAAUCAUCCUAACAACUACUGAACUAGCCAAUUAGUUUUCUUCAUCUUAGCAAAAAGCUACCUUUCUAGCAAAAUAGGAGAAUCUAACUGGUCAUUUCUGUAUUUGUCAAAGCGGUUUUCGAAGUCCUAAAUGCAAACGAAUGUGUAUGUCUACAAUAUUUAAUUGGACAUUCGUAUUGUAAAAAUUAGAAAGUAGUUAUCAAACGUAUUGAGAUGGAUACUAAUGAUAUACUCUAAAAUAUCACAAGAAUCAGUUCAGUGUAACUCACUGACUAUAUAUAGUUUUCUGCACUAGACGAUAAAUCUCACCUAUUCUGAACGAGCUGGUGAUAAACUAUCUUGUCAAGUCAAUACAUAGUAAACCGAGGACUGGGAGGGAAAAUACAACGAUCAACACAAUAGGGGAUUAAAAUUAAAAAAAUGUGAGAACAAAAAGGAAGUGACAUAGUUGAUCCUAAUCUUGGUAAGAAAACAAAGUUUUCCAAGGCAGGUGUAGUGUACGAACAAAUUGUUUUGUACACAUAAAGGUGGUUUCAAUUUGUGUAUGGCUAUGGCUUCCGUAAAUCUUAGUAUAUGUCUCUUACUGUUUCUAUAUAAAACUUUGAAAGCUGUUUGAACAUUAAUUUUGUGACCUGUUUCUAUGAUAUGUUCAGCUAUAGAUGAAGAGGAUCGUCUCCCACCAGCGUUUAUCACGGUUUCACACUCCAUUUGUUUUUGAAGCCAUUUAGGUACUGUCUAGUUACCGUAGCCUCGAUAUUUGGAGCAGAGUAGCACAUAAAAUAGUAAAACACUAUAUGUAAUCAUAUACUAAGUGUUUUAGUCACUAACUCGAGAAAAAUGGGACCUUAUACACAUGAGCGACUUUAAAGGCUAUCCUAACAACUAUUGAAUGAAAUGGCUAAUCCGGUUUCUUUAUUUUAUGAAGAGACUACUUUUUCAACUGAAACAGAGAAACCUGACUGAUUAUUUCAGUGGUUGCUAGGGUCACUAGCGUAACUAAACCAAAUAUGUGACUAUCCAAUCGCACGAAAAAAUCAAAACACUAGGUUUCAUAAAGCGGAGGUCUUCUGCGUCACAUAUCUAAUACAUACUGAUAACAUCAUAAUUGAAUAAACAGGUUUGAGUACCCUUGGAAGAUGGUGAACUGAAAUAUUAGUUUGUCAAAGUGGAUUAGCAAAUAAACAGUAAUUCAGCUAAUAACACGAAAAAUUCAUGAAUUGAUGUGAAAGAAAACAAUAAUUCAAAUUGCUGCAAUGUAAAACAUAUAUAUGCACUUCAGUUUGUUCAAUAACAAUCAAAAUUGUGAAUCUGGUUUUAAACUUAUAAAUGAUGAGAUAUAAUCCGUAUUUUUACAAGCGAUGUUCGAAUACACUUUGACGUAGAUGCUUUAUUACUCCCAUAUCAUCUGAUGAACUCAUAGUUCAUGUUAUGCUGUUCAUAAAUAUGUGGCUACAGUGUUGCCUUUUUGUAAGAGAUAAGCGGCAAAUAAUUUUUUACUAAACAACUGAGAAUAUGUACAGUGCAUAAGUAUUAUGAAUAUUUGUAGGACAAAGUGAACCGGAACUACAAACUCAUUUAUUCACCAGAGGUGCCUGCAAAUGUUGAGAUUUCCGCAUAGUAUUCAGAAAAGAGUUGUACUGUGUAGAGUGAUUAUUACUACAACCAUUUAAACAAAAAAUCAUCACUUAGAUAUUACACAAUUAGAAAUAGUUAAAUGUACACCAACUUCAAUAUUCGACAAUCAUUUCAAGUGAUUGACCACACUCAUGCUUAAAUUCAUUUGUGGGACUUUCUGCUUCCCGAACUUUUUCUUAAUUUGUGGUUCAUGGACCUCGGGAUUCGAAUUUAGACUGGUGUGGCACCUAUCACUGUUAGGUGAUGUCAGAAAGUUUCGCGCAGGUAGGCUAGUGAACGGAUGAUCACGUGGCUGUUCACCUUUGCUUUCUCGAUAAGCAUACAGGGGCGACAAAUCUACCUAACCAAACUGGCCCCUCUAGAAUAUUGAUUAUCCUUAUGUAUUUGCUACACAGGUAAGAACAUUUUUGAUAAAGUUAAUUACUUAUGAUUGAAGUAUGCACUACAGUUCUCAUUUGCACCACACAUUUUAUGUUGUUUUUAUUACUUCACAGUUCAUUCGUUCUGUUAUUUAUAUCUAAAGAACAAUGAAGGUGCAUUCCACUUUACAAUAUGUCAACACUGAUUAUGCCCAGCAUGGUGCUGGUCACAAAAUCAUGGCAGAAAAUCCUAAUAGCAUAUUUACCUUCCAUUAAAUUUACAGGGAAACCAUAUUUAAUGGCUAUGUGAUUUUCUACUUGCUUUUCGUUUUGUUUUUUUAUUUUUCUUGAAGAAUGCUGUUUUUGUCUUGCUUUUACUUAAUAUCUUUAAAAAUAUACUUCCACCAGGCAAC